AUGCGUCUGACUACACUCUUCGGGGCGGUUGCCUGCGUCUUCCAAGUGCAAGCCCUGUCUGAAUUUCUCCCAGUCAGGGCUCCCUCGGUUCCUCUGGCUGUUCGCUCCCCCUAUCUCAACACAUGGUUGAAUGGCCCAAAGGGUGAAUCAAAGGGCUACUUGGCGGGACAAUGGGCUCAGUUCUGGACUGGUGCAGCCCUUGGCUGGCAAGGUUUCGUCAAGGUCGACGGGGAGAACUUCAACUGGAUGGGUGCCCAUCCCGGCGUACCGCUCGUUGACCAAGUGUCCCUGGAGUAUACCUCUACCAAGACCAUAUUCACCAUGCGCGUGGGCACAAAGAUAGAGAUGAGGAUCGAGUUCCUCACGCCCGUUUUCCCCGACGAUAUUAAACGGCAGUCCAUGACAUCGUCCUACCUCGAAGUUGCUGUCAAGUCCAUUGACGGCAAGGCUCACGACGUUCAGCUGUACGCUGACGUAUCCGGCCAAUGGGCCUCGGGUGAUCCAAGUGCAGGCCUCGAGUGGGCCAACGGUACGCAAGAUGGUGUCAUAUACCAUAAGUUCUGGCGGGCCCAGCAGCGUGUUUUCGAAGAGACGGUCGAACAGGCUUCCUGGGGUAAUUGGUAUUGGGCUACCACGGACACGGCAAAUGAGGGUGCUUUGGCUAACACGAUGGAUCGAAACUUCCGUCCCAUCGAAAGAGAUUGGCCGGUGUUUGGGCUUGCCCAUAAUCUUGGACCCGUCUCCGACGGGUGGGAGCGAUCUCUGUUCACCAUCGGCUAUACGCAGGAGGUGGCCACCCAGUUCGUAGGCGCAUCCAAGCAGGCCCAGAAUCUCACCUCGUACUGGAGGCAGUACUACAGCGAGCAGAGCCUCGUCUCCGUCUUCUUCCACGACUGGGCCCACGCACAGGAAGCUUCGACGCGUCUCGACAGGAAGGUGGCCGACGACUCGACGGCGGCGGCCGGCAGAGACUACCUGACCCUCACCAGCCUCACUGUCCGGCAGACGUUUGGAGCUCUGGCCUUUACCGGGAGCGGGGACGACGUCAUGGUGUGGCAGAAGGAGAUCAGCUCGGGCAGCUUCAUUCAGACGGUCGACGUCAUCUUCCCGACCUGGCCAUUUAUGCUCUACUUCAACCCCAAUCUCAUCAGGUGGUCGCUGUCAUCCCUGGUAGAGAACCAGGAGGCAGGCAACUACCCCAACGACAGUGCCAUGCACGACCUCGGUCGGUACCCGAAUGCCCUGGGCUAUCCGGAUGGCAACGACUGGCCCAUGCCGCUGGAGGAAUCGGCAAACAUGGUCAUCAUGAUGCUGUCGUACGCGCAGAAGAUGGGUGAUACGGCCUACCUGCGGCAGCACCAGAGGAUCCUCGAGAAAUGGGGACAGCACCUGGUGGAUAAUUCUCGGGUCCCCGUGAAUCAGAUGACCACCGACGACUUUGCCGGCAGCGCAGCGAACCAGACAAACCUCGCCCUCAAGGGAAUCAUUGCCUUGCGCGCCAUGGGAGAGGUCGAGAACCUUCUUGCAGCCCGGAACCAGCAGCAGACGUACACGACCGUGGCGGGGGAGUAUCUCGACUUCUGGAUCGCCAACGCCAUGAACGCGAAUGCCUCGACGCCCCGCGCCAUGCUGCAGUACAACGUCCCCAACUCGUAUAAUCUUCUCUACAACCUUUAUGCCGACAGGGCUCUACGCCUACGCUUUGUCCCCGAGUCGGUGUACGAUGCACAGAGCAAGUUCUACCCGACCGUCCUUGGGGAGUACGGCAUCGUCCUCGACACGCGCAACGACUGGACAAAGCUGGACUGGGAGAUGUUCUCCGCGGCAGUGGCCUCGCGCGAGACGUGCGCCAUGGUUGUCGAGACAAUUGCCCGCUGGAUUGGACAGUCGCCGACGGAUCGUGCCCUGACGGAUCUGUACGAUGUGCGUACAGGGGACUUUCCGUCGGCGAGGCUAUUUACCGCACGACCUGUCGUGGGAGGAGCCUUUUCGAUUCUCGCACUGUGA